AUGGCUUCCCACCAACAACCUAGUGCAGGGCGGGGUGGUCGCAGUAGUCAGGGCGGUGCACCAUCGCCUGCACCACGACCUAUGCAGGGUCGAGUAGAUGAAGAUGGGGAGAUGGAAGGGUUGGAGCCAGACGGGGUGGAUGAGGGGGUUGGUCAGGGAGGAGGGGUUGCCGCGGCCGCCGCAGAGGAGGCCUCUCAGCACGUGGGUAGAGGAUGGGUGCGCGGCGGUGUUAAGGUCAUGGAGGACACGGUGGUGAUGUGGGGGUUGGAGGGGCGUUGUCUGGGCCUGACUUCAGACAAUGCCUCGGCCAACAUUGCCGCAUUCAUGUGGCUGUCGGAGGAGGGUGGUGGUCGGGCUUUCUUCAACUCCCGCCUGCACUUCAGAGGGGUCGCAGCACUGGAGAUCGCUAUUGAGGGCGAGGGUGCGGAGGACGGGGACGAGGACGAGGACGAGGAGAAGGAGGAGGAGGAGGAGGAGGAGGAGGAGGAGGAGGAGGAGGAGGAGGAGGAGGAGGAGGAGGAGGAGGAGGAGGAGGAGGAGGAGGAGGGGAGAGGGGCGGACGCAACAGCGGAGGACGGGAGAGGGACGGACGCAGCAGCGGGUGGUGAGGAUGGUGGUGUUGGUAGCGGGGGUGGGAGAGGGAUGUAG